AUCCGGAGUGCGUCGAGCACCGAGGCGCCCCGUCUGUCGACUCUGGCGGGCAGUGCCCGCAGUGCCAGCGGGCCUCCAGCACAGUUCGGCGCCGGGCCGAAGGGAACAGAAAGAGCUCCCAAGUCGCACCAGCACUGGAGGCGCGGAGGCGCGGGGGGGAUGAGGAGGGAGUCCGAAGGGAGGGGCGGGGAGGAAGACAGGGAGCAGAGGCCGAGAGCGCGACGCGGAGGCAACGGGCCGCCACUGCGCCACUCGCAGCACUGCUGCGCGCACCAAAACUAGAGCCGACGGUGGCCGCGCUGCCCACCCUUACGAUGCGGGUUGAUUGUUGUGGGUGGCGGGGCGAGGAGGAGAUCGGCAGGGCGCCGGCAGGCCCUGCACUCGAGACGGCGCCCCGCAGCCGCAGGGCCUCGUGGCCGCACCCGACUAUGGGACCAACGGCCAUCAGCGCCGGCGCAAGCGAGGAGGAGGCGCAGGAGCGCGAGGAGGCGCAGGAGCGGGAGCAGGAGAA